AUGUACAGACAGGUGCUCGUUAACGACGCUGAUGCUCCAUGGCAAUGUAUCUUAUGGCGCGAUUCAACACAAGCUCCAGUAAGAAUGUACCAGAUGCAGACCGUUACAUAUGGGACAAGCUGUGCCCCCUACCUUGCAACAAAAUGCCUCCUGGAAGCAGCUAAAAUGGAGUCUAAAGAGUUUCCGAUUGGCUCAGCCAUUACACUCAAGGACUUUUACGUUGAUAAUUUGAUGACGGGUGCCUCUACUGUGAGCAUGGUCAUUGAAAUCAAGCGGCAAGUUGCGGCCUUGCUUAAACGAGCUGGAUUUCCUCUACGCAAGUUUGCUGCAAACAACAUGGAAAUCAUCGACGACAUACCUUUAGAUGACAGAGAAGAAAUAAUUACACUAGGCGACUCAGAUUACGUUAAAACUCUCGGUCUGAAAUGGUCACCUUCUAAAGAUGCCUUUUUCUUCAGCUACCAUGGACCAGCUGCAUCGCGUAAACCAACCAAGCGUUCUAUAUUAUCACAAAUAGCUGCCUUGUUUGAUCCUCUUGGGUUGCUGAACCCUCUCAUCGUCGCCGGCAAAAUCCUGAUGCAACAACUCUGGGAACUGAAGUUGAAUUGGGACGAAAGCGUACCUCAAGACAUUUACACACAGUGGCGCGCAUUUCAGGAGCAUCUGAGCGCUAUUAACAACAUUCAAAUACCAAGGUAUGUUCCCAUGGAUAGCACAACUGAAAUCCACGCCUUUGCAGAUGCCAGUACUAGAGCGUAUGGCGCGUGCAUUUACCUCGUGACGCGCAUGGAGAAAGAAAUCUCGUCCGCAUUGCUUUGCGCAAAAUCUCGUGUGGCUCCAACAAAGCAAAUUAGUUUGCCACGGCUUGAGUUGUGUGCAACAAUGUUAUUGGCCGAGCUUCUACAAACCGUUGUUGCAAUAUUUUCACCAAACUUGAAUAAUAUUCACUGCUGGACCGGACCAACGAUUGUGUUGUGUUGGAUUCGAGGGGAACCAAAUCGGUGGACAGUAUUUGUGGCCAACCGCGUAACAAAAAUCCAACAGUUGACAUCGAAGUACAAAUGGCAUCAUGUACCAUCCGAACUCAACCCUGCUGAUCUUGUUUCUCGUGGCACAACAGUGGCUGGCAUCCGGGAAAAUCCACUUUGGUUUCAAGGCCCGCAAUUUUUGAAGCUUGGUCAAGAAAAGUGGCCCAGAUCCUCAUUCGACACUGUUCCAGAUGUACCUGAACAACGCAGACAACGAAUAGCUUUAAUCAGCGAACGGGAAGUAGAUAUCAUUGCUGAAAACAAAUACAUAAAUAGGUUCAACAAAUUUCUGCGUAUCUUCACGUAUGUAAGAUGCUUCAUCACAAAGGUACGUAGGCCUUCGUUCACCCCUGAGGAAAUAACCCAAACACUUGAACUAGUAUGUAGGAGAAUUCAGCAAAUGUAUUUUCGCGAGGAAUAUUCUAAACUUUUGAACAAUCACCUCAUUAAUAAAAAUUCUAGACUUGCUUCGUUGUCACCUUUUAUGCAUAAGCAACUAAUACGAGUUGGGGGAAGAGUAAGGAACUCGACCCUAAGUUUCGAUGCUAAACACCCGAUCGUGCUGCCACAUUCGCACCCCUUCGUAUGCUCACUUAUAACGCAUGCACAUCGCACAAACCUUCAUGCUGGGGCUCAAACACUAUUGAACAUCCUUCGCGACAAGUUCUGGAUAACCCGCGCACGGAUAGUUAUUAGGAAAGUUAUUCACAACUGUAUCAUCUGCUACCGUUUUCGCCCAGUUGUUGCAGAGCAAAUCAUGGGAGCUUUGCCAACAAGCCGUGUUACCCCAUCGCAUCCGUUUGAAACUACAGUUUUCGUCUGCUUUACUACAAAGGCUGUGCACUUAGAGAUUGCUCCUGACCUGUCGACCGUUGCAUUCAUCGCGACACUCAAGCGCUUCAUAGCCAGACGAGGAAAGUGUCGCGUCAUUGUCUCAGACAACGCAACAAACUUCAUUGGAGCUAACCAGGAGUUACGAAAACUUCUUCAGUCAUUCGUAACACAAGAACAUAUACAACGCGUUGAAGAAUUUUGCAGAAACGAGGGGAUCGAAUGGAAAUUUAUUCCUCCAAGAUCACCGCACUUUGGAGGUUUGUGGGAGAGCGCUGUGAAACUUGCUAAAUACCAUUUGCGCCGCGCUAUCGGCUGCAACGUGCUAUCACACGACGAACUUCACACCAUCGUUUGCCAAGCUGAGGCCAUAGUAAAUAGUCGGCCACUAACUCCAAUAUCUAGUGACCCUAAUGAUCUUCGUUCGCUUACACCGGGCCAUUUCCUUAUCGGCCGAGCUCUUCUAACCGUUCCUGAACCAACAAUAGCCAGUUCAACUAUGUUAGGCCGCUAUCAAAUCAUCCAAUACAUUCAGCAGCAAUUCUGGCGUCGUUGGCAGGAAGAUUAUUUAAAGGAGCUGCAAAAACGUUCAAAGGUGAAUGACUUAGUGCUACUAAAGGACGAGCUUUUACCACCACUUAAAUGGGCCAUGGGUCGCAUUACAGCUACUGUGCCAGGUACUGAUGGUAAGGUUAGAGUAGUAGAAGUGAAAACAGUCAAUGGCGUUUACAAACGGGCCAUAGCAAAGGUAUGCAAACUACCAAUUGAAAAUACAAGUCCACUAGAGUAA